AUGCUUGUUAUUAAAAAUUACAACGGAAGGACGCUUGCCAUCAACAACACUGUAUUGAAUGAUUUUUCAUUAACUGAUACACAGAAAACGUGUGUUUCUUUCAUUCACAAAACAAGUCCAAGUAGUGUUGAAAUUACUGAUAAAAUGGUGUUAAAUUGUGAUGUUAUACAAAGUUUUAGUGUUUCUAAUUAUGACCCCUUUGAUUUUAUCGUUGAGAGUGAUGAAUCAGAUGUGAAGUGUGAAUUUGUUGCUAAAGAAGUGAAUUACAGUGGUAUUUUAAAACGCAUGAGUAUGAGUAGAUAUGUUGGAAAUGCCGACUUGUUUUUCUUCGAAAUUAAAUCAUUUGAUUUGAGGCAACCAGAAUUUAGUAAUUAUACAAAGGUAUCACUUACACUUGGAAAUGUAGAGGAAGCAAUUUUUUUAAAUAUAUAUUUUGAGAAACUUGAAUUGGGGAUUGUUGUGAAUUUGGAAAUUUAUAAUACGCGUGUUACAUCUUUGGUCGCAAAGCAUUUAUACACAUUUGGAUAUCAAGAUUCGACCUUCAAAAACAUAAAGGCACACACAAUUGGUAAAAUAAUUGGUCUUAGAAACUCAACUAAAAAUUUGGAGGUCGAAAAGAAAGUUGAAUAA